GUUAAUUAAGGGUUUCCUGCUCUCCGGCAUGCCCUGUCCCAGCUCCUGCCCCCCCGGGCUCUUAGCCCUGAUGGCACCUGGGCUGGCUCUCAUGGCCACCUUCUUGCUGCCCUCCCAGGCCGGGGACAGGAGGGCGCUGCCGGUGGAGAAAGCUCCAGGUGUGAAGGGAAGAACUCUCAUUCUCCUUGAUGUCAACACCAAGAGCCCUGUCAGGAUAAUCAGUGAGAAUUUCCUCUCCCUGCAGCUGGACCCCUCCAUCAUUCAUGAUGGCUGGCUCGAUUUCUUAAGCUCCCGGCGGCUGGUGACCCUGGCGCGGGGCCUGGCCCCCGCCUUCCUGCGCUUCGCGGGCAAGAGGACGGACUUUCUGCAGUUCCACAACGUGAAGAACCCGGCCAAGAGCCGCGGCGGGCCCGGCCCCGACUACUACCUCAAGAACUACGAGGACGACAUUGUUCGCAGCGACAUUGCCCUGGAUAAGCAGAAAGGCUGUAAGAUCGCCCAGCAUCCUGACAUAAUGUUGGAGCUACAGAGGGAAAAGGCAGCUCAGAUGCACUUGGUUUUGUUAAAGGAGCAGUUUUCAAACACAUACAGCAACCUCACAUUAACAGCCAGGUCUCUAGACAAACUCUAUAACUUUGCCGACUGCUCUGGCCUUCACCUGAUCUUUGCACUGAAUGCUUUGCGCCGAAAUCCCAACAACUCCUGGAACAGCUCCAAUGCUCUCAGCCUGCUGAAGUACAGUGCCAGCAAGAAGUACAACAUCUCCUGGGAGCUGGGCAAUGAGCCCAAUAACUAUCGGACCCUGAUUGGCCGCUCGGUGAACGGCAGCCAGCUGGGGAAGGACUACAUCCAGCUGAGAAGCCUGCUGCAGCUUAUCCGCACUUAUUCCAGAGCAAACCUCUAUGGGCCGAACAUUGGGAGGCCCAGAAAGAACGUCAUCAGUCUCCUAGAAGGGUUCAUGAAAGUGGCUGGCAGCACGGUGGAUGCUGUUACCUGGCAACAUUACUACAUUGAUGGCCGUGUGGCCAAAGUGACAGACUUCCUGAAAACGCGUCUGUUAGACACACUCUCUGACCAGAUCAGGAAAAUCCAGAAAGUAGUGAACACAUACACACCAGGGAAGAAGAUCUGGCUGGAAGGUGUUGGUGCAACCUCAGCCGGAGGCAUGAACAACCUCUCUGAUUCCUAUGCAGCUGGGUUCCUGUGGCUGAACACGCUGGGCUUGCUGGCCAGCCGGGGCAUCGACGUGGUGGUGCGGCACUCCUUCCUCGACCACGGCCACAACCACCUGGUGGACCAGAACUUCAACCCCCUGCCGGACUACUGGCUGUCCCUGCUCUACAAGCGUCUCAUCGGUCCCAAGGUCCUGGCAAUCCACGUGGCCGGGCUCCAGAGGAAACCCCGGCCCGGCAGGGUCAUUCGCGACAAGCUCCGCAUUUAUGCCCACUGCACCAGCUAUCACAACCACAACUACGUCCGGGGGUCCAUCACCCUUUACAUCAUCAACCUACAUCGCUCCCGGAAGAAAAUCAAGCUGGCGGGGACGCUGCGGGAUAAGAUCGUCCACCAGUACCUGCUGCAGCCCUACGGCAAGGAUGGGCUCCACUCCAAGUCGGUCCAGCUCAAUGGGCAGCCGCUGGCCAUGGUGGAUGACGGGACCCUCCCUGAGCUAAAGCCUCGUCCGCUGCGGGCUGGCCGCACCCUGGUCAUCCCCCCACUGACCAUGAGCUUCUACGUGGUGAAGAACGUGAACGCGCUGGCCUGCCGGUACCGAUAGCCCACGGCCCAGAACGGACCUGCCGGCCCCGCUCCUGCCCCCGCGCACUCCCCAGGACACGCUGCCUCGGCAGCCCCCCACAGCAUCACAGCAGGGCCACGUUGGGUGGGUGCUGUGCCGUGCCCUCGUCCUCGCACCCUGGAUGUCUUCCAGCUUGGCACCCUCUUUCCCGUCCUGUGGCUGCAGAGCUCUGCUUGGCCCUGGCCGCGAUCCCACCGGAGCGGUGCAACGGCGAAUUUGCAGGGCCUGCCGCCACCCGUCCCGCAAGCUGCGAGAAGCACCCGGGGGCUGGUGCCCACCGGCUGCUGGGGAGGGCUGGGGUAUAGCCCGGGGUGGGCGCCCUCCCCGGCCCCCCCAAUCCCGCUGGCCCUCAGGGUGACCCCUCUAGCAGCCGGGUCCCCCCUUUGCGCCUUCCCGGGCGGUGGGCAGCGCUGCCGGUGCAGCAAGCGCAUGGAAGCAGCUCCCUCUGCUGCCGCCAGCCCGGCCGGGACCGGCGGGGGAUGCUGCGGGCAGGGCGGGCCGGGAGAAGGGGCGCCGGGGUCCGCCCCGGGCGGGGCUCGCGGGUCCGCGGAUGGAAAUGUCGGUAAUUAAAUUAUACGGUCCGGAGCGGAGGGGCGGGCGGCCGGGCCAGCGGGCAGCCCCGGCCCCGCCACGGGCGGCCGCCGUGGCCGUGAGUGUGUCCUGCCCGGGAGAGGGGGCAGGAGCAGCCGGGACGCGCCGGGGCGCCGCCGGAGGUGUAAUAAAGUUGGGCUGUCAAC